AUGCCGAUGGCCAAAGCCCUGGCGGCCUUGGCCCGAACAUGCUUUGUCUGUGUGCUGGCCAUUGUCUACUUUUGGAGUGUCGUUUCACCAGACAAUCAUACGCCCAAGUGGUCACCAUCUUUCAUGGGCAUCCGCGUUAGUUUAGUAAGUGGCCGUAGUUCUUAUGUGCAUGGGUUUGUGCUUAAGCACGUUUUGCCGCAAUUUUCCUUGUCCACACAUUUCCCGACUCGGUCUCGACUGGGACCUUGUCUUUACAGGUUCAAUCUUGGCAGUCCUGAUUGCCAAAACUUGUCAUCAGACCAACUCCAAUUGGGUCCCGGAGACUGUGUAGCCCAGUUGCUUAUUUCUCGGUGUCUGGUCUCGAAAGCAAUGCACGAGGAAAAGCUUGUGUGCCCAAAUUCCCCACCGUCUGGCCGAUUUAUCUGGUGGUGGUCUCGGAACGUGAUAUUUUUAACUACUCCCUAUCCCUUGGCGUCCCGCUGUCAACUGCUUCGCCAUGAGGGCUCCAUCUUUCAACUAUCUUGUGUGGCUAUCUUCAACAUUAGUUUACUCAUAAUUUCGGCCUUCCUACAACGGCAUCGUCACCACACCUUCCUCGGUCUGCUUUACCAACGUUCUUGUCUGCAUGUAUCACACCACCUUUCUCAUCACCAUCUUUAUCAUCAUCACCCUUCCCAUUUGCAUCAAACUUCUCUCAUUAUGUCUCCCGAGGCGGUUUCAUAG